CCUAGUAUGUUUGUUAAGCGUCAACUAGAGCUUAAAGUAAAGUUUAAUUGCAAGUACAACUACAAGCAAGCCCUCUGCAAGGAUUCAGGGUUCUGCCUAGUAGAGAAUACUAAUGCUAAGUAUAGUAUCCUAGAUAAAGACACCUAUAAUUUUAACAAGUCUAGGUUUAUUGUCAGACAUGAGCAAGGCUGGCCGUAA